AAAAGAUGGCAUAAUAAAGCUAAUAUAAAAAAUCACGCGAUCUCUGUCAGCUCACUCCCGAUUCUCUUUCUCUCUCUCUCUCACUCAGAAGCUCCGAUUUUGAUCAGUGGGUUUUCAUUUUGAUUGUUUUGUUGCGCGGAGAAUUGAUCGAAAAUGCAUUCUUCUCAUCAUUUGCUUCUCGAUGAACCUAUUAGGAUGGCUUCAAUUCUUGAGCCAUCUAAACCAACGGUGUUUCCUGCAAUGACAAAGAUAGUUGGGACAUUGGGACCAAAGUCACGAUCCGUUGAUAUAAUUUCUGGUUGCUUAAAUGCAGGAAUGUCAGUGGCACGGUUUGAUUUUUCAUGGGGUGAUGCUGAAUAUCACCAGGAGACCUUGGGAAAUCUGAAAUCAGCUGUUAAGAGUACCAAGAAGCUAUGUGCGGUCAUGCUAGAUACAGUGGGUCCAGAAUUGCAAGUAGUCAAUAGAACUGAGCAUCCCAUUUCCCUUCAGGCAGAUACUAGUGUUGUCCUAACAUCAGAUCAAGACAAAGAAGCUACUUCAAAUCUGCUACCAAUAAAUUUUACUGGGUUGUCAAAGGCGGUGAAGAAGGGAGAUACUAUUUUUAUUGGUCAGUAUCUAUUUACAGGAAGUGAAACAACUUCUGUGUGGCUAGAGGUCACUGAAAUAAAUGGUGAAGAUGUGGUUUGCCUGAUUAAGAAUUCUGCUACCUUGGGCGGACCACUUUAUACUUUGCAUGUCUCUCAAAUUCGUAUCAAUCUGCCUACACUAACUAAUAAGGAUAAGGAGGUGAUAAGCACUUGGGGCAUUCGGAACAAAAUAGACUUUCUUUCACUGUCAUAUACCCGGCAUGCUGAAGAUGUUCGUCAUGCCCGAGAGUUUCUUUCCAAACUUGGGGACCUCAGUCAAACUCAAAUUUUUGCAAAAGUGGAAAAUAUAGAGGGAUUAAAUCAUUUUGAUGAGAUCCUACAAGAAGCAGAUGGUAUCAUCCUUUCUCGUGGAAAUUUGGGCAUAGAUCUCCCACCAGAGAAGGUGUUUCUAUUUCAAAAAUCUGCUGUUUACAAAUGCAACAUGGCUGGAAAGCCUGCUGUGGUUACUCGUGUUGUGGACAGUAUGACAGACAAUUUGAGACCUACUCGCGCUGAAGCAACUGAUGUUGCCAAUGCUGUAUUGGAUGGUAGUGAUGCAAUUCUUCUAGGUGCAGAGACCCUGCGGGGAUUAUACCCUGUUGAGACCAUUUCUAUUGUUGGACGAAUUUGUGCUGAGGCAGAGAAGGUUUGUAAUCAAGAUGCUUAUUUCAAAAAGGCUGUCAAAUAUGUUGGAGAACCUAUGACCCAUUUAGAAUCUAUUGCUUCCUCUGCGGUACGUGCAGCUAUCAAGGUGAAGGCCUCUGUCAUGAUCUGCUUCACUUCAACAGGAAGAGCUGCAAGGUUGAUUGCAAAGUACAGACCAAUAAUGCCUGUGAUAUCUGUUGUUAUCCCGCGGCUUAAGACAAAUCAAUUACGCUGGACGUUUACUGGUGCUUUUGAGGCAAGGCAGUCGCUCAUUGUCAGAGGACUCUUUCCCAUGCUCGCAGAUCCUCGACAUCCAGCUGAAUCAACAAAUGCAACAAAUGAAUCUGUUUUAAAGGUUGCUUUGGACCAUGGCAAGGCAAUUGGUGUUAUUAAGCCACAUGAUCGAGUUGUUGUUUUCCAGAAGGUUGGCGAUUCAUCUGUGGUGAAGAUCCUUGAGCUUGAAGAUUAAAGCAAAUAGUCUUCAUUUUGGCUACUACUUUACUGGUACAGUACAAAAUAGGCCAAAUAUGGACAUUCUACAGGAGGAAGCACACCAAGUUUUUGUUGUGCAUUACUUAAUUGAGUUUUGGACUAUGUUCUUCAUGUUUAUUAAACAUCUUAGUAAAAGAACAAAAAAAAAAAAAAAAAAAAAAGAAAAAAGAAAAAGAAGCACAUGUACAAAGUGCAAAUUAUGCUCCAAGGAAUCGAUAAAUCACUAAAUUCAGCUUGUUGUAUCAAUGGCUAAAAGGCUUAAACUAAUAAGGUAGCAUAUUUGUCAGUAUAGUAGACAAAGGUUCAAAAUCCCUUGCAGGGGAUGGGAUGUAGUUUUGCUCUCAGCAUAUGAAGUGGCCAUGGAUGGGACAAGAAGCCAUUCCUCAUCUCUAUUUCAGCUCUAAUCCCACCCACUCUGUAUUGUGAUAGAGAUUUCAAGUGGGUUAUUUCUCAUACUACUAUUGUCAAUUUCAGAAUACUGGGUUUCUGUAAGUUUCAAUCAGCUGGUCGCUCUCAGCUCUUUGUAAUAAUCAUCUUUCAGAUUGUUCUAAAAGGAGGAUAUAGAAGAAAUAAAUUCACGAGUACUAA